AUCUUUGAUCUUGAUAAGGUAAGGGAGUAAAAAGAAGGAUAGCCGAUAAUCUACCGAAUAAAGUUACUGAGUGUCCGUUUGGUGUGGGUUGUUGCUCUUAAAUAACGGAGAUAAUGAAUUCGGCUAAGAGGGCGGUUCAGCUGCUGCAGCUAAGUUCACGGCAAUUAUCGACAUCACAGCUGACGAGGAAAGCCACAACCGGCGCUCCGUUAGAUAAUGUGCAUCCAGGAUACAAAAAGCUGAAGGCGAAACAGGAAAAAUUUCAGAUUAAUGAUGGCCUUCCCGUUUUUCUCAAAGGUGGAAUUGUGGACAAAGUACUGUACCAUGCAACAUUGGGACUUUGUGCUGUUGGACUUGGCAUGACCUUCAAAUUUUAUUAUGAUAUGGCAGUGCCUAGAAAGUAGAUGUAUUAGUUCUUUGUGUAAAUGGGAGAGGUAGUUAGUGCAGGGAGAUUCUCAUUUCUGUAAGUUAUUGCAGGUGACUGUAUAAAUCUGUAAAUUGCAUUUAAUAAAUACUUUACAGUGAAUUGUUACAAAGAUUA